AUCGCAUUUGAUCGCCUGUGUUCUCCUUCCUCCCGGCUACCGUAGUACGUACACCGAACCCACGUGGGUAAUCAAAACAUCAUGGCGGCUGGUUUCAAGGUUGCUGAGCCUCUGGAGUAUCACAGGAGCUUUCUGAAAGAAAACUGUCGACCGGAUGGACGGGAGCUGUCAGAAUUCCGAACCACAACACUAAACAUAGGGUCCAUAACCACAGCCGAUGGCUCAGCCCUGGUGAAGGUUGGAAACACAACAGUCAUCUGUGGGAUCAAAGCGGAGCUGACAAACCCUACAGUGGAGGCACCUGGUAAAGGUUACAUCGUGCCCAACGUGGACCUGCCGCCGUUGUGUUCCUCUCGGUUUCGGCCGGGUCCACCGGCAGAGCAGGCACAGACUGCCAGCCAGUUCAUCGCUGAUGUAAUCGAAAGCUCUGAGGUGAUACAAACGGAGGACUUGUGCAUUGAAAGAGGAAAGCUCUGCUGGGUGCUCUACUGUGACAUGAUGUGUUUGGACUACGAUGGGAACGUGUUGGAUGCUUGUAUCAUUGCCCUGCUGGCUGCCCUGAAGAACACGCAGCUCCCAGAGGUCACUAUCAGCACAGAGACUAGUAAACCAGAAGUGAAUUUACAAAAGAGACGUGGGCUGCAUAUUCGCAAACAUCCAGUCGGAGCCUCUUUUUGUGUCUUCGAUGACUCCAUACUGAUUGUAGACCCGACAGCUGAGGAGGAGAGUCUGUCAACCGCUCAGCUCACUGUAGUGAAAGAUGAUGAAGAUCGACUCUGUGUUGUACACAAACCAGGUGGGACGUCACUGUCGGGAGAAAAGCUGCAGGAGUGUAUCAGCAGAGCAACAGCACGACAGAGAGAAAUCCGGAAACUAAUUGACAAAGUCAUACACAGUGUAAAGACCGCACAAUAAAGAGCCUCAGACAACGCUUUUUAUCUAAAAGCUGUAUUUUCCACUGUCAAUAUAUAUUCUUUUUUUUAUAACAAUAAAACUGCUGACCAAGA